GACUUACAACGGUAGACUCUGCAGCUACGGUCUGUCUUCACAGGACCCAGCUGCUCAGCACAUCUGGGCUGGCUGUGGGUGGGUACCCACCCUGGUACCUCUGACGAGAUCACCUCACCGCCACUUGUUCUCAGAUGCUCUGCCAACCAGCCAUGCUGCUAAGUGGCCUCCUCCUGCUGGCCACCAUGGCUGCAGCCCAGCAGAGAGGGCCAGCACCCAGUGGGCGCCGCCAGAUUCACCGGGUCCAGCACGGCCAGUGCAGCUACACCUUUGUGCUGCCGGAGCCUGAUAUCUGCCAGCAGGGACCUGUGGUGCCUGAGGCUUUUGGGGGCUCCAACAGCCUCCAGAGGGACUUGCCUGCCUCCAGGCUGCCCCUGGCAGACUUGCGAGCCCAGCGGGCCCAGCGUGUGAGCCAGCUGGAGAAGAUACUAGAGAAUAACACCCAGUGGCUGCUGAAGCUGGAGCAGUCCAUCCGGAGGAACUUGAGGUCAAACCCGGCACAGGCCCAGCAGCACACAGUCCAGAACGAGACCACCACCAUGCUGGCACUGGGCACCAACCUCACGAACCAGACCAUGGCUCAGACUGACAAGCUGACUGCUGUGGAGGCCCAGGUCCUCAACCAGACAUCACACAUGAAGAUCCAAAUGCUGGAGAACUCACUGUCCACCAACAAGCUGGAGAGACAAAUGCUGAUGCAGAGCCAUGAGCUGCAGCGGCUGCAGAGUCGCAACAGAGCGCUGGAGAGCAGGCUGCAGGCUUUGGAAGCACAGCACCAGACCCAGAUGAACAGCCUCCAAGACAAGAGGGAACAACUGCAGAGCCUCCUGGGCCACCAGACUGGAGCCCUGACUAACCUGAAGCAUAAUCUGCAGGCCCUCAGCAGCAAUUCCAGCUCCCUACAGCAGCAGCAGCAGCAGCUGAUGGAGUUAGUACAGCGCCUGGUUCGCAUUGUAGCCCAGGACCAGCGCCCUGUCUCCUUAAAGAUACCUAAGCAGCUGCUCCAGGACUGUGCAGAGAUCAAGCGCUCCGGAGCCAACACCAGCGGCGUCUACACCAUCCGUGUGGCCAACAUGACAAGGCCUCUCAAGGUGUUCUGUGACAUGGAGACUGACGGAGGUGGUUGGACUCUCAUCCAGCGCAGGCAGGAUGGAAGCAUGAGUUUCCAGAGGACUUGGGAGGAAUACAAAGAGGGUUUUGGUAAUGUUGCUAGAGAACAUUGGCUGGGCAACGAGGCUGUGCACCACCUCACCAGCAGGACGGCCUAUUUGCUGCGUGUGGAGCUGCAGGACUGGGAAGGCCGCCAGACCUCCAUCCAGUAUGAGCACUUCCAGCUGGGCAAUGAGAGGCAGCGGUACAGCCUCUCUGUGAACGCAAGCAGCAGCUCGACUGGGCUCAAGAACAGCCUGGCUCCACGGGGCACCAAGUUCAGCACCAGCGACAUGGACAAUGAUAACUGCAUGUGCAAAUGUGCUCAAAUGAUGUCUGGAGGGUGGUGGUUUGACGCCUGUGGCCUCUCCAACCUCAACGGCAUCUACUAUCCAGUUCAUCAACACUUACACAAGAUCAAUGGCAUCCGCUGGCACUACUUCCGGGGCCCCAGCUACUCACUGCAUGGCACACGCAUGAUGCUGCGGCCAAUGGGUGCCUGACACACAGCCCUACAGAGACUGAUGCCAUAGGAUUCUCAACCCAGAUGGCAAGCUGGCCCCCACCCAGAAAUCAGUGCCCAGGGCUCAUCCUUGACAUUUUAGGACACCAGAGACAGCUUACCUUGCCCCCAAAUUACAAGAGCCACCUGCCUCCCUGUGUCCAUCCAUUGUGAAAUGCUGGGUGCUUGAGGCACGGCCUCUGUGGAAUGCUCUUCCUUCUCCUGCCAACUGCAGGGACUCCUUGCCAUGACCUGAGGCCGACUGAACUUGACACCUCAGAAGGUGGGGUUGCAGCGGGUGGGAGAAGCUUGCAGGCUGGGGGUGCUCUCCUCCAGGGGAGGCUGAGAGUCUAUUCUCCUUCUCCAAUUCCAAGUUCCCCCAGCCUUGAUGACAGCAGACUCGCUUUCCAAGGCUUGGGCACUGUGCCCACUCCCCUACCCAUGACUCCAGUGCUAGCCAUUAUUCCCCAGUGCUCUGGGGCUCCUGGACUUCAAUGGCUGACAGUCUGGUCUCUCAGAAGCUUCUGGAAGUAUGAGAGGGAUCUUUUUACUCCAGUGUGCCCUGGAUUGCGUUCUACAGGUAAUAACCAAGGCUCUUCUCUAAAGUAUGUAGGAUUAAGUGAGAGAAAAACAGCAGGUCAAAUAAAAAGAAUGGGCUUUCUCAACUGCA